UUUCAAAUUCUGUCGUUUAAUAUCUUUUUGGUUUGAAAAUGUUAAUGUUAAAAUAUCUUUUGAUUAUCGUCGUGUUCAAUCUACAAGUUAACAAAGCGACUAACUGUCCGUCUGGCUGGAUUGAACUAAAUUCAAGUUGUUAUUACUUCGGUAAGACAAAAACAACGUGGAAGAAAGCUAGAGGACUUUGUCAACAAAUAGGGGGAGAUCUUGCUGUUCCAAAAGACCGUUAUGACAACCAAGCAAUUUUCCAAACUUCGGAAAAACAAGGGCUUAUUCAUCCUUAUAUUGGUUUGUUUCGCGAAAAAAGUGACAAGAUGUUCUACACAAUCCAGAAUACCAAACCUAUAUUUACAAAUUGGCAUCGUAAUGAACCAAAUAAUCGUUUUGGUGUAGAGGAUUGUGUACAUUAUUAUUAUUCCAAUAGCCAGUGGAAUGACGUCCCAUGCAAAUAUGAGACGUCUUUUAUCUGUCAGAGAGAUUACAAUUUUUCCGGCCCUGUGUCAAGUACUUGCUUGAGAUGUAUUUGCAAUGUUGAGUCUGGCUGCCGUAAAGAUGUAAGAUGUGGAGAUAAUGGCAGGUCUUGUUGACCAUAUCAAAUUCAACGUGUUUAUUGGAUCGACGCUUCAAGUCCAGGUCUUGGCUAUCGAGAAUGCGUUGACACUUUUCCUUGCGCAGAAACUACCAUUCAAAAUUAUAUGAAAUUACAUGCCACCAAACCUAAACUUCGCCACAAUCCUACGUGUAAAGAUUAUGCUCGAAUUCAUAAUGGUGGACCAGAUGGAAUCAAAAAACCUGAAACACUUAAGUAUUGGAAAAAAAUUCAGAACGCGGGAUGUACUCAAAAGAGCUAGAUGUUACUGUGGCAACCCCGAUACGAGGACGUUAAUAUAUCAUAUCAUAAAGUUGAGAAUUUUUACAAAAAGCUGCUGUAGUUGAUUUAGUUGUCCUCAUUUUAAUUAAAUUGCACUAAAAAAUCAAA